AUGUCCGCAUAUCCGGGCUACGGCGGUGGGGGCGGCUACGGCCCCCCGCAAUCCUCUCAGUAUCAGGGCAACUACUACAGGCCGCAACAGGGCUACGGCGGAUACCCUCCUCAGGGCCAGCCAUCUCCCCAGCCUCAACCGGGCUACGGCUAUCAUCAACCGCAUCCUGCCCAACCACAGUACGCAUAUCAGCAUCAUGGCCCUCCGCCGCCCCAGCAGUAUGCAGGCCACUAUAGCCCUGCACCACCACAACCACAGCCUGGUUACGCUUCUAGACCCGGACAAAGCCCUGAGACGUCAGGCAUACCUCCGCCGCAGCAUGGUGCCUACAGCCCUCGGAUGAGCGGACCCCCAGUUCCUCCGUCCGGUUUACAACAUUUUGGCGCAGGCGCGCCUCAGGGCUAUGCGUUUCAGUAUUCCAACUGUACCGGCCGCAGGAAGGCCCUUUUGAUUGGCAUUAAUUACUUCGGCCAGCGUGGCCAGUUGCGAGGUUGCAUCAACGACGUUCGCAACAUGACGGCCUACUUGGCGGAACAUUUUGGCUAUAGACGAGAAGACAUGGUGAUUUUGACAGACGAUCAACAGAAUCCUAUGAGCCAACCCACAAAGCAAAACAUUCUCCGUGCAAUGCACUGGCUAGUCAAGGAUGCCCGUCCGAACGAUGCGCUAUUUUUUCACUAUUCUGGCCACGGCGGUCAGACAAAGGACUUGGAUGGUGACGAGGCGGACGGCUAUGACGAAGUCAUUUACCCUGUUGACUUUCGACAAACCGGUCACAUUACGGAUGACGAAAUGCACCGCAUCAUGGUUCGGCCGUUGCAAGCCGGUGUGAGACUAACAGCGAUUUUCGAUUCGUGCCAUUCUGGAACCGCUCUUGACUUGCCGUACAUCUACUCAACCCAGGGCAUUCUCAAGGAACCAAAUCUCGCCAAGGAAGCUGGUCAAGGCCUACUUGGUGUCAUAUCCUCAUACAGCCAAGGCGAUUUGGGAGGAGUUGCAAGUAACAUCAUGAGCUUUUUCAAGAAGGCCACCAGCGGAGAAGAUGCAUAUGCUCGUACCCUCGCCACCAAAACUUCUCCUGCUGAUGUCAUCAUGCUGUCCGGUAGUAAAGAUGACCAGACAUCUGCCGAUGCCACUAUCGCAUCCCAAGCCACGGGAGCCAUGUCUUGGGCUUUCAUGACGACCCUCAAGAAAAACCCCCAACAGAGCUACGUGCAACUUCUCAAUAGCAUCAGAGACGAACUGGCCACUAAAUACACGCAAAAGCCGCAGCUGUCUUGCAGCCACCCGCUGAGUACAUAUCACCGAAUCCAAGCCCCUUCGGCCUGA